CCCACCCCCUGCCCUCUGCAAGGACUGCUGCUGGAUUUCCCAAAGCCAUUUCCUGAAUCCCAGUCUGAGUCGGCUCCAGGGUAGGGACCUGGGAGCCCAGGGCGGAAAAAGGCUCCCCAGGCACGCUCCAGAGCUCCGGUAGCCACAUUUGCAGCCUCGUCUGUCUGUCCAGAACCUGCUCCCAGGCUGACAGUGAGCUGCGAGAUGGGCUCUGAGCUGGAGACGGCAAUGGAGACUCUCAUCAAUGUGUUCCACGCCCACUCGGGCAAGGAGGGGGACAAGUACAAGCUGAGCAAGAAGGAGCUAAAAGAGCUGCUGCAGACGGAGCUCUCCGGCUUCCUGGACGCCCAAAAGGAUGCGGAUGCUGUGGACAAGGUGAUGAAGGAGUUAGAUGAGAAUGGAGAUGGAGAGGUGGACUUCCAGGAGUAUGUGGUGCUGGUAGCUGCCCUCACAGUGGCCUGUAACAACUUCUUCUGGGAGAACAGUUGAGCAGACGGCCCCAGUGGGCAGCGCCCUUCGCCUCCACCCUACCAUACCUGCCCCUUCACCCUGCUUCCCCCUCACCCCACUUUUCCCUACCCACCAACAAGGGCGCAAGAGUAGUGGGCCAGGCCUGCAACUCAUCUUUCAUUAAAGGCUCCUCUCUCACCA